AUGGCCACUUAAAAAAAGUAGGAAUUUUACAUGUUGAUUUAGGUAGUUAAAAUGUUACUGCUGUUCACCCGUGUAAGUUAACUGACUAAAAAUUUAGAUAAAAGCCAAAAUUAAAGAGAUUUUAGACAAAGGACGACGACACGUCAUUGAGGGCCUCGUUAAAAUUUACACUCAGCGUCAGCUUUCACGGACAAAUCAUCGAUGAUAUUGAUUCAUUAGAAAUAACACAAUACCAGUAGUUUGUUUUAUUUGUGAAGUUUCAACUCUUCAUAAUGCCACCUCAAAAUGAAGCCAGUGAUCUGCUUGAUACAGACAUCAGUUUCUCACUGGAACGCUUGUUUGAUCCGUACAACAUGGAUCAUAUUCCUGUUGAGAAGCACCUCGACGGCUUUAAUCAGAGAGACUUGUAUCAUGUGCGCCAUUAUAAAGCGGCAGUUAAGAUCUUUGGUGGUCCUCUCAGUCGGAAACGGGUUAUUAUCGCACCACCAAUGGAAACACCUUGGAAGCACAGACUUGGUUUGUAUCAAGGCUUGAAAACGUUUCCUUCACCUCCAGUGGUAAAUACUCAGCUGAAACCACAGACUCCACCAACAAAAGGACCAUCAAAAGAAAUGAUUGCAGCCAUGAAAGAGCAGAAAAAGAUAGAAGAAUAUCAGUCCUGGAUGUCUCAAAGAAUGAAACUCCGGGCCAACUUGGAAAACAUGGGUUUGAAUGAGAAAUGGCUCCAGAGAAAGGGUGACAUGAGUGAAGUGGAGGCGCGGGUUAUGAAUCGUCUGAGAGCGGAACGACUCAAAGAGCCCGAAGAGGAACCACGGCGGGUACUGCCCCGCCCCGCCCCGCCGGAACCCUGCGUGCCCAAGCUGAGUACACCAAGUCCUGAAGCUCUGCAUGGAGUGAAGCAGUUUCUGCAGGAACAGCGACUGCGGUUAGUGGACUUGUUCCAACAGGUGGACAAAGACAAGAACUGGUCGCUUUCUAAAGCAGAGUUUCUCAACGCCAUAAGUACGGCUAAUCUUCCUAUAAAGAAGGAAAAGCUGGAGGAUCUGAUGUGGGCUCUGGACAUGAAUCUGAAUGAUGAAGUGGAGUACAAGGAACUCAAAAAAGGGUUGGGCAUCCUCAAACUGGAACACAGGGCCUUGAAGAGGGAGGAAAUGUCUGCCAGUGGAGCCAAUAGUCCAGUUUCGCGAUCUUCAAGUGCUUCCUCUAGAAAAUGGUCGAGCAUGCAACACAGCUCCAGUGGAAAUGAGGUUCAGUCUUUAAACCUGUCUGGUGAUCUGGAGCAGGAGACGAGGAUUGACGCGAUGUCAUCACAGUCGGACGGGAAGCGGUCUGCGUCAUCGGGCAAGCGGUCUACGUCAUCGGGCAAGCGAUCUGCGUCAUCGGGCAAGCGAUCUACGUCAUCGGGCAAGAGCAGUGUGCGCAGCGGGAGUUCCUCAUCCCAGUAUCUGGAACCACCGGAGCUCGACCUGAGGCAGGAACAGUUCAUCCUGGACAGUGAGGAGAAGAUGGUUGACCGGUGCAAGUGUACGUUGGGUUUGCUCAAAUUGAAGGCUUCCUCUGGUGGCCAACAGUUGGAAAUGCCAUCUGCGAUUAAAGUGGGUUACAAACCGAUUGACGAUCACUUGUUGAAGUCCACUCUUGAUUCAGACAAGAGAGAUAUGAUCGAGCUCUUCAGACACAGGACACUCAAGGAGUACGACGACAUCAUCAAGCUGUGUAAAGAGCAUAAUGUCGUGCUGACAAAGAAAUUACUGGACAGGGUGUUGCUGUAUCCGCCUGAGAGGCCAUACCACGAAAUGUUCGAUCAGAUUGGACGAUGCUGGCGUUCAAGAAAUAAAGUCUUUAAAACACAGAUGGCUGACACACAGAAAGAAAAGAAAAGCCGACGUGUUGGAAUAAAACAGGUUGACUCGAAUCUAGACAGCAGUGAUGUAUCUUCUAAAGUGGACUGCUGGAUUAGUUUUGACGAGUAUUGCAAGUUAACAGGGUACAAACCCAGACAUAUAGACAGCAAUGCGUUUUGGCCUGGUCACCUGCUCGACAAACUGAGAUUGUGUAUGCCUCCGUACGAUGGAGCUGCACCCUCAACGGAUAAUCGUCACGCCAUUUUCCACGAAGUGAAGAAAACAAAGAGAUGUAACCAUGGCUACGACAACAACAUGAAGUGGUGGCCGCCGGGAAGAAAUGGUUAUGUGCAAUAUGCAGACUGUGAAACCUACCAUCGACGGCUUCUUGACUGAAGAAUGUUUUGCUGUUAUACAUUUGGUUUUUGAUUUGUUUAUUUAGUGAUUUACUGUAAAGACCAGGUCAGUUAAAAACUUCAUGACUUUCACAUUCAUAUGUGCCCAUUGCCAGUCUUGUCAUUUUAACACUAAUUGGCCAAAUUCUGCAUAGAAAAUAGAGAUUUUGGGGUGUUCAUGUUGGUUGCCACAUAAAACUAGAGAUGUGAUUUUUUUUUUAAUUCCCCAGCUUUUUAAAAAAUCUGAUUUCAUAUUCAUGGGAGGUUUUUAUUGCUGAAAAUAGUGUUUCCUUAAACCAGUGGAUUUGACUUUGAAUGGUGAAAAAUUACUGAUGUAGGUGUCAUGUCGAGUUUUCAACUUUCAAAACGAUUACUUUAUCUGUUAUUUCUACAACAGGUAUCACCUCCCUAUAAACUGCAUUCCAACUACCGGUAUUGUAGGAAAUUAAUUUAUCAAACAUUCCAACUACCGGUAUUGUGAGAAAUUAAUUUAUCAAACAUUCCAACUACCGGUAUUGUAAACAUUCCAACUACCGGUAUUCCUUGAAAAUGUGCUUAAUUUAAGGAAUAUUUUAUUAGCCAAAAAUUAAAUGUUGUAGCCACUUUGAAUAAAAAUUAUCCCAGUUAAUGUUUUAAAAGUGACAAAUGUAAUACAUGACACAUAAUGAUACUACAAAACCCAUUUAAAAUUAUUUAUGUAAUUAUUUUAGUUGUCCUUACACAGAAUGCACCAAAUUAGAAACCACCACAUUAAAAAAAAUUUAGGGAAGAUAUUCCUCAAUUACCCUCCCCCACCCCUUACCAACUUAGAAUAUAGUGAUUGUUUUAAUGGAAAUUAGUAACUUCUCUACCAAACAAGUCAAUGGAAAUAUUUAUUGAUUUCUACCUCCGAUUGGUGACCCGAAAUAUCAAUCUAUGUUUUGUCAAAUAAAUAGCUGCUCAUGUGUGGUCAACUAUUGUGAGGCAGUGUUCGAGAUUAACAGUUUUGGCCAGUAUCCCAGUUGGAUACUAACAUUUCAAAAUCUGGCAUUCCACCUGAGAAUUUAGUAUUAUAUGGUAUCCCGGUGGGAUACUGGGUUCUUGAAGUCUGGUAUCCAAAAUUAAAUUCUGGUAUCCCCGGGAUAUCGGGAUACUGUUAAUCUCGAACACUGUGAGGUGGUAAUUACUGGACAAGUCAUCAAGUUCGUUUGAUCCUACAGUUGAGCUACGUGACUCUGUGCCACGUGUUCAGCUCAUUUCCUGGUGUUCGACAGAAAUAGUUUAGUACAUUACCUAAACAUCCUUUAAAAGAGUGGUUUAUCGGGUUGACGAUGGCAACACUUGAAUAAACUGCUAUGGUCAUAGUUGCAAAAGUCCACAUUUCACUAUUUUUACUUCCAAGAUGAAUCGCUACAAACUAAUCCAUUCCAAACUGUUUCAUAUUUAACUUGAUAAUCUUUGGCUAAAAUUUUAAAAGAUAACAAAAUCUGUAUCACCCCUUCUGGCUGAAUCUAUGAUGAUUUUUAAUCUUUCUCUCCUUGAAACUUUGGUCUUUAAUUAUUCAGGGGCGGGACGCAGCCCAGUAGUAAAAUGUUCACCUGAUGCCGUCAAUCGGCCCAUUUUUCAUUCCAGCGAAAGCACCACGAUUGGUAUAUCAAAGGCCAUAGUAUGUGCUCUCCUUUCUGUGGGAUGGUGCAUAUAAAAGAUCCAUUGCUACUAAUGGAAGCAGAUUUCUUCUCAAGACUAUGUCAAAAUUACCAAAUGUUUGACAUCCAACAGCUGAUGAUUAAUAAAUCAAUGUAAUCUAGAGAUGUUGUUAAACAAAAGAAAAAACAAAUAUUCAUUUUAAACGGACACAAAGAAUUUAUAGUAGUGAUUGUGGUAUUAUGCCUUACCCCACUGGUUACAUUUCUUAAUACAAAAUUGUUCUGUUAUUACAUUGAAUUAUUUGGCUUUAAUUUUUUAUUCACAUAUCUUUCCAUUAUGAAACUGUUUAAUCAGCAACAUAGAGAGAAAAAUAUGUCUGCCAUAUUCAGUUUCUCAGAUGGCCGGUUGAUCUUUUUUUAAUUCAUGCACAUUUUCACCCAUAUAAGAACCCUCCACAUUUAUUCUCAGUUUCUUCUCAUCUGUGUGGCCCUCAACUAUAUGUCUAAUGCCAUAUAAGUUAUAACCGUUAUACGUGUCUAGUGUGUCAUUAAAUAAAACAUUCCUUUCUUCAUUUUCCACUCUGUACUCCAUGUGCUCGGCGAUCAUUUGUCCCAUGAUAACCGUGUCAUUUACCUACUUUGAAGAUAGCAGGGUGUGAAUAUUAAAAUUGUGUAUGCUUCAUGUGCAUUUUUGUAUGAGAACCAUGUUAUUUUGUCUCUUAUGUGGUAAUAUACUGUACAGUAAUCACGAUUUGAAAGUCACUUGUACUGUACUUUAUGUGAACCUUUCUGGUCUUCAUAAGUUUGUAUUCUGAAUGAAACCAUAGAAACGCCAAACAUGUACAGUACUGAAUGAAAGAAAUAACACAACACUUUGUCUUGUAUUUGUAGACCAAAUGUAAUUCAUUAAUGACAGAGCAAUAUCUGUACAAAAUACAUAUAAUGUGGGAUCGAAAGUCAGUAAUAUGGGAAUUGUUUCUAGUAAUAAAAUAAUGAAGUACACAUAGACAGAACUGCACUGCAAUUGCUUUACAGUGUCUCUUCCAAUACUGGCCUUCAUCUCUAUACCAAAAGGGAAAUUUAGCAUAGGGAAUUUGAUGGCAAUUUGUUAACUAACUCUUUUAUUUACAAAAAAAAAAAAAUGCUAUGCAAAUUGGUAUGGGUUUAAAUCUUAAUGACUUUUAACAUUACUCAUUAUAGUUAAUGCCAAAUUCCAUUUUGAUGCAAAUGGAUUAUAGUUUUCAUGUAAUCUCUCAAUUAUUUUCUUUAGUAUACAUGUCUCUGAAUUUAAAAACAACAGUACAUCUAUAUUAUUUUGUAGGUAUUUCUUAAUGCAAAAAGGAUAAUCUUUGUAACUGUUCUAUGCUUCUACAAUUUAUGGAUUUUUAUGCUUUACAUUUUUUUUUUUUUACAUGUAAUUUUAUAUGGCUUUACAUAUUAAAUAUAUCUUUUUAUAAACCUUGCUGAAUAACAAAUUUUGUUUACUGGCAGUUUUCCAGGAUAACUAUCUUUUUAUAGUGCACAUUCCAGAACUGCUGAAUAAGAAAUGCUGAUGACCAAAAUAAAUAUUACCAUAUACAAGUUGUAUUUUAAUAUACCAAAUGUAUUGUCCACUAAAAACGUUUAUAAAACUUUUUAUUAUUUAUUAUACUAUUUAAUAUAUGUUUGCUAUACUGCUGAAUAACAAAUGUGCUUACAAUGUGUUAUUUAUUUAUUUAUGUAAUUAUAAUACAAUGUGUGUGUGUAUGCUAUGUGAUACAAAUAUAUACUAAACAAGU